AUGACCGACUCCCCCCUCACCUCCCAGAUCCCAAAUCUCCCCCAAUCCCUCCACUACUAUCCUGCCUUCCUCCCCCAACCGACAAGCUCCACCCUCCUCCAAAAGAUCCUCCAAACCCCCAAACCGAAAUGGACGCACUUGAGCCACCGUCGCCUCCAAUCAUACCCGACAUCACUAACCGCCACCACAAACACCCUCAUAACCCCCCCCUCAUCCUCCCCGCCGCUGCCGGAAUGGCUGACGGAACCGAUGAUCCCGCGCAUGCAGGAACUCAAUAUCUGGGCCGGCGCGCCGCAUGGAGCGCCCAACCAUGUUCUUGUUAACGAGUACUUGCCCGGGCGGGGUAUCCUGCCGCACGAAGACGGUGGGGCUUAUUGGCCGGUUGUUGGAACGGUUAGUUUGGGGGGUGUGAUCGUUUUGGAUGUUUAUGAGAAGAGAAUGGGUGGUGGGAAGGGGAGGCGGGUUGGGAGGGUUUUGUUGGAGGAUGGGAGUUUACUGGUCACUACGGGGGAUAUGUAUACUUCGUAUUUGCAUGGUAUUGCGGAGGUUACGGUUGAUGAAGACUUGGGACCCGAGACGAUUGCGAAUUGGGAGUUGUUGGGGGAUAAAGAUAGGUUUAAGGGUGGGAGGAGCGAGAGAGGGGCCAGGAUUAGUUUGACGUAUAGGGAUGUGCUCAAGGUGGUGAAGGUUGGGGGUGGGUUUCUGCGAAAGUGAGGGUGCGUGAUAUUGGUAUCUUUUUGGUACGAUAGUGGUUUGGUAAUGUGACAUCAGAAAUUACGGCAAA